CAAGAGUGCUAAGAGCAACGGCUAUGAGCAACAGCAAGUUGCACAGUUGGAACCACAACCGCAACAGCAGCUGGCUAAGCAUCAGUUAACCACCAGCGCAUCCAUUGAGCAGACUCGUCAGCCGAUGCAGCAACAGCAAUCACCGUACGCAACGUUGCCUCGCGGUGGUCCGCGACGCACGCAACAGCAGCAGCAGCUAUAUCCCAAGCAGCAGCAGACGCCGCAAGAAUCACAAAAACAUCUGCAAACAGGCGUCAUCAACACGAUUUCAGGCAGUAUUCCUGCGACGGGCUUUCAGUCGCAUUCUGACAGCUUCAGCGACUUGCAACUGAACAAUUUAACCCGACACAACAACAUCAAUUCCGCCAACAGCAGCAACACUAACGAUAAACGGCAGCAACAGUUGCUGUUGCAGCAGCAGCAGCAACAGCAACAACAGCAGAAUCGACAAGUCUCCUGCAAAGCUGUUGAACAGCAGCAGCCACAGCAGUGGGCAUCAUUAUCAGCUGAGGAUGCUAGCACCGUUCUGGAAGCCCAGACGGGAUUCGCCAGAGGCGGUUACCUGUGGCUACUGACACCUGUUGCAGCUAGCAUUUCGGUGGCAAUUGUUAUCGCUGCCCUGGCCGGUCCCCACUGGCUAUAUACCGAGGAGAAGUUACCGAAUGUUAACUAUAAUGGGACGGCCAACUUUAAUGCACUGGACGAUGGCGCCUAUGUGACGAAGUACACCAAGUCGAGUCUUUGGAUUUUAUGCACAACCUUGCCGGGUCUAGAUAUGGACUCAUUCAAUUGCAUUAAAAUUGACUACUUUCCAGAUGAAGGAUAUCAACCAGAUCCACACGAUUCAACGUCCGCCAUACCCUAUACGGUUACAAGGUCAUGCCCCAUCUUUUUGGGCGCCGGCAUUUUAUUGUUCAUUAGCUUCCUUAUCUAUAUGAUACCAACAUGUACGCAUCGGAAAUAUAUAUACUAUUUCAGUUCCGGAAUACUAUUUAUUGUAAGUGGUCUGAUCAUGCUCAUCGGUCUGAUUGCCUAUAUAUCUAUACUAAAAGCAGAGAUUGGCUCUAAGCUGCGCUCGCGUUCCACGCUGCAGCCGGCACUCUUCAAGGUGAGCUACGGCCAGAGCUUUUUUCUUUUCGUCUUUGGGUUCAUUGCCACUGAGUUUGUCGGAGUGCUAAACAUUUUUCUCUUCAUCAACCUGCACGAGAUGAACUAUUACAGCCGACUACCCUGCUUUAGUCUGACCAAUAUACAUACCAAAAUCAAGGAGGAACAGGAUGAGAAUGUCCUCGGCUAUUCGUACAAACAUUAUAAGCAACCGGCCACGGCUAUUGCUGGCAGUCAGGAGGCGAUGCCAGUGGCGCUGCGGGAGCCGCAAUAUCGCCCUGGCCAACAGCAGCAUGUGGGACAGGUGGCACAGCGCUCUAGUAACGCGCGCUUGCAUCAGGUGCAUGAUGCGGGUCGUGGACCCAGCCAGACGCAGACUUUGCCAGCAGGCUAUGCGUGCCGCAAGCAUCCAAACGCCAAUGGAGGCGGCUCCAAUUUGAAUCUCUAUCUGCAUAACGAUCUGGAGCGUCGCUUCUACUUUGAGAAGCCGGCGGUCUCCAAGUGCAAUUUGCACUCUCGCAGCUUUGCCAAAUCAUUGAACGAACUGUGCAUGGAGCCAGCUUUGGUUACACCACCGGCACCACCGCCGCCGCCAACCGCUACGUUUGCCGAUUUGCCACAGGAGUUUCCGCUUACGCGCUCCGUUUCGACCACAACGGAUAUCUACACGGCACCAUCUUCAGUCCAGAUGAAGCGCAAACAUCUGCGGAAUAUGGCAACAAACACUCGAACGGACCAGCGCGAAGACGAAGAGGAGCAAACCGCUCGGCUAUGUGGGCUAAAGCGCGGCAUUCGGAAGACUAAGGAUGAGCUGUUCCAGGAGUUCUGCAAGCGUUCUGGCAUGCGCACUAAACCUAAGAAUAUCUAUUACAUUCCCAGCGAAGAUCCGGAAGAUGCUCCUCCGUUACAACACCAUCGACAAAGCUACGAGGAGAGCCAAAAGAGUCAUCAAAUCGGUGACGAUGACGAUGACGCCGAUGGCGAUGAUCAUGGUUUCCGACAGUUUCGCUCUGGCCCCUCAAUGGAGGAAGAACAUCUUUAUGUAAUCGGCGAUCACGCUCAGCUGGUGGUGCCUCGUCGCGUGUCCAUGUGUGUGGAGCCAAUGAUGACUUCGAUGGUGCCGUCGCAGCAAUUGCGCAAACUCAAUUCCAAUCUGUCGCUGCACAUGCCCCAAACGGAGGUUUGGCCCUGGAUAGCGCAGCAACGCUUGUCCUCGGAGCAUGGCCAGAGUCGGACGCUGCCACGAUGCUUUCUGCGCCAGUCAGCUGGCAGUCAGGAUAGUUUAGGCUCACUUCAGAGUAGCUACAGUGCCAGCCAGCAGCGAUUGUCGCUGAUGCAGCAACACCCGCAGCAGCUGCAUCAGCACAAUCGCUAUCUUUCCACGCUGACGCUGCCACGACCCGUCGACGAGGCUCACAUGAAGCCACAGACUCAAACGCAGUCACAGCCACAGCCGAAGCCGGCAGUGCAUUGGCCCACAGCCAUACCGUCCUCACCAUCCAACUAUGCCAACGGCUAUCCAUUGCCGCAUCCACUGUACGCUCCGUCUAUUGGAGUACCGGUGUCGAGCAGCAUAGCCGUAUCGCAUCCGCCUAAAUUUCAGCGUGCUUACGCUUUCGACGACGCCCAACGUCGCGCCAGCCAAGCUAGCUGUGCCGUCUCGGAAGCUUUUGAUCUGGACGAGAUGGAGCGCGAGCGCAGACGCUCCCAUGCCAGUCUCUUCAGUGGCCUCGUCAUGCCACAGGCGCGGGAGCAAUAUGAUCUCAUCAAUGGCACCGCAGUUUAGACCGAAGCUGGAAUUUAAAUGGAGAA